UGACGACACAAAUGGGCAGGAUUUCAAGGUUCAAACCGGAAGUGUGCACACUAAACAGUGAGCUAACAUGGUGCUGGAAAAGAAGAGCUCGGCUCGGGUGGAGGCUGGCCAGCGGAGGAUUUUGGACGAUGCUACCCGCCAGAGGAGGCUGAGUAGGCAGCUAGAGGCUUUGGAAAAAGACAACUUCCAGGACGACCCUCUGAGCUCUCUUCCUCCGCCGGGUCCGACCGCCCGCCUUCCUGCCUUUAGUGAAACGGAGGAGCCCGAAAAGAAGAAAAGGAAGACGCGGGGCGACCACUUCAAGCUACGUUUCAGGAAAAACUUUACGGCACUUCUCGAGGAGGAGAACCUAGCGGACAAGCCGGAGCCCAACUACCUUUCGGCGCUGGUUCCGCCCUCUUCUCUUCCACCGCGCCAUUUUUGCUGCGUUUGCGGCUUCCCUUCCAACUACACGUGCACAACCUGCGGGGGGCGCUAUUGCAGCGGUAAAUGUUUGGUUACACACCGAGAGACAAGGUGUCUGAAGUGGACGUUGUAAAGAACGAUGCGCCGUGGAACACAUUCACGUUUUUCUGGAGUAUAUAGAACAACUACAAGGAAAAAAAACACUUUUUUUAAAAACUGAAAAACUUAAAAAAAAAAGCGCUUUGUGCUAUUCACAAAGGGUGACUAAUACUGACAAGUCUGAAUUUAGAGUAUCGGACUUGUUGUAUAGUACUGGACUAUGUUGUGCCAAAUCAUGGCCAAGCACCACUGAAAUCCAAAGAAGAGAUGGAGCAUAACUCAAACAUCAUGCUACCAAUGACGGCGAUAGACGUCAGAUCCUUUUUUUUUUUUUUUUUUUUUUUUUUUACAUUGACAUGAUUUAAUAGUUCUCAGCCAUAUCUAAGAUAACAGAUCAGAUAGUCUUUUUCAUGGCACAUUUGGCACAUCAAAUCCAUUUUUAGUUUGGGCACUGCCCUCCUAGAGAAUUGAUGUAUGUAACUGCUCUUGCUCCGUGUUUGAAGGGUUAUAAUUACCAUAACUAAGAUCAUGGACUUGCAUUAAAGUUUGGUUGAAUAUU